GGCGGUGUCAGAGAGUGUUGGGUUAAGUAAACACGGCCGUGCGUUCUGACAGGGAUUUGUCCCCAGCACCCAUGGCGGGGAACAGGCGUACUGAAUUCGUGUGUGAAUACCUGCCCUUGGCUUGGUGAAGACAAGUUGGUGAUUCCAGUUUAAAUGCUGGCACGGCUAUUAACUGCUGAGGUCCACUGAGGUUAUGGCAGAAUUUCGUUUUAAGACAGAAUCUACAGUGUUAUCAAACAUGCCCCUGAAAUCAGAAUUGACUGUAGAUGGACCCAAGACUACCAAUCAAGUCCCUGCAUGCUGCUCAGCUCGCUACAAUCUAGCACUACUGGCCUUUUUUGGGUUCUUUCUCCUGUAUGCCUUACGUGUGAACCUAAGCGUUGCUCUGGUGGAUAUGGUUGAACCUAACGCAAGCUUAGCAAAGAAUAUGACUUCCAGUGUGUGUCCAGAGCAUUCCUCCACCAUAAAUGUUCCUCGCAAUACAACGGGAGAAAAGUAUUCUUGGGAUGCUGAUACUCAGGGAUGGAUCCUUGGUUCUUUUUUCUAUGGCUAUAUCAUUACUCAGAUUCCAGGAGGAUAUCUUGCAAGCAAAAUUGGAGGGAAGCUGUUACUAGGGUUUGGUGUCUUUAGUACGUCUGUAUUCACCUUACUUACUCCCUUAGCUGCAAAUUUGGGAGUUGGCUACCUCAUAGCUGUCAGAGCCUUGGAAGGACUGGGAGAGGGUGUUACCUUCCCAGCUAUGCAUUCGAUGUGGUCCUCUUGGGCUCCUCCACUGGAACGCAGCAAGCUCCUUAGUAUUUCAUAUGCAGGUGCACAGCUGGGAACUGUUGUCUCCCUACCACUAUCUGGUUUAAUUUGCUACUAUAUGAACUGGGUUUACGUAUUUUACAUAUUUGGUGCACUUGGUGUAUUAUGGUUCUUCUUCUGGAUGUGGUUGGUUAGUGAUACACCAGAAACUCACAGGAGCAUUUCACAUGCUGAAAGAGAAUAUAUACUCUCUUCUCUGAAAGAUCAGCUUUCUACACAGAAAUCUGUUCCCUGGAGACCUAUGUUGGAGUCCCUUCCACUCUGGGCUAUCGUUGUGGCACACUUCUCUUAUAACUGGACUUUCUACACACUUCUCACGCUCUUGCCCACAUACAUGAAGGAAAUCCUGAGGUUUGAUGCACAGGAGAAUGGCUUUUUAUCUGCUCUACCUUAUUUUGGCUGCUGGUUAUGUAUAAUUUUGUCUGGGCAAAUUGCUGAUUAUUUACGGGAAAAACAGAACUUUUCCACUGUUUGUGUUCGCAAAUGUUUUACCCUAAUAGGAAUGAUUGGACCUGCAGUGUUCUUAGUAGCAGCUGGAUUCAUAGGCUGCAAUUAUGCUCUGGCUGUUGCAUUCGUGACCAUAUCAACAACACUAGGAGGAUUUUGUACAUCUGGCUACAGUAUAAACCAUCUGGACAUAGCACCUUCGUAUGCUGGAAUUCUCCUUGGGAUCACAAAUUCUUUUGCUACUAUCCCAGGAAUGGUGGGGCCAGUUAUUGCCAAGAACCUCACUCAUAAUAAUACUGUGGAAGAAUGGCAGACUGUUUUCUAUAUUGCUGCUUCUAUUAAUCUAUUUGGAGCAAUUUUCUUUGCAUUAUUUGCAAGUGGAGAAGUUCAGGACUGGGCAGUCAGUGGAUAUCACUUGCAUAGAAACUAAAAAAGAUAUUGAAAAAACAAAGCUGUGCUGAAUCCCAGUGUGCUCAAAUUACAUGAACAGAAAAGUGCCUUGCCUACUGAUGCCUAGGAGACUUCAGAGCUUUUCAGUUAAACUGUUUUAUCUGUAUAUCUUUUGUACUGAAAAUCAUUUGAUAGCAUAUGUGUGCUAUUUCCUAACAAGAAACUUCUUGGAUUAAAUAUAAUAGUUUCAUGCUGGGACUUGAUAUCAAAUACAUGAUCAGAGAAAACAUUUUAUAUUGGUGUGCUACGUUCCAAUUCUUUCCAGUUUUUAAUAUUAUCUGAAUUAAUGUGUAGGCAGAUGUAUGUUGAUACUGAAAUGAGAGGAAAAAGCAAAAUGAUUAUGUAGCACUGUAGGCAGGAAUGGCAUGUGAAAAUGUGAAGAAGUGUUUUGAUUUCCAUGAUGAAACUGGUAGGUGUUUUGCUGUUUAAAAGUCCAGAAGAGCUCUAGUUUUCUACAAUCUUUUAUAAUACAUUUAUUUUGUCAGUGUUUUAAUUGAUAUCUAAGAAAUGCACACAACUUUAUUCUAUUUUACGCACAAGUUUUCAAUGUGUAAACAUUCCCUGUUUCAUGAAUGAUACAGAGCAAUGAGGAAGUAAAAUGUACCGUUUUGACUAACAGAAUAAGCCAUGUGUUACUGUUCUCUAUGGUGCGGGGUUUUUUUAAAUAUGCCUUAUUUUUAUUCAUUUUUGCAAAGAAGAAGCAAUGUGAUGCUGUGGUUUAAAUCUAGGCAGUAUGCAAGAGUGAACUAGAAAUAGAAUAUCUGCAUGCUUACCUUUAAAUUAACUUUCAGUUUGGCAGUUCAUUUUUUGUCUCUUUAAACAGAUGCAGUGGAAUUCUUUCCUCUUGCAUGUAGAUAUAGUUGUGAGCUUGUCAGUAUAAAUACAAUAAAAGAAGGCCAGUGUAGGAAAAUAAGUUAUCUUCUCUAACAGCCUUAGAUAAAAUUAGAGUUAAAAACAAACAAACAAAAAAACACAACUAGUGCAAUAACCUGUGGCUGUUGGUCUCCUAUCAACAUAGAAUUUGACACUCACAAGCAUCUUUUGCAUAAUGUGCAAUGAAAUGCCACACAGUGGGAUUAAAUGAGAACAGUGGCCUUGUUAAGAACAAAUGGCUAAAUAGCCUUGUAGUUACAAAGCAAAGGAACAUUCCUGUGCCAAAGAUUCCUGGAUUGGAGCAAAUAGGUAAAAAAGAAAAUCAUGGGGCUCUGGGUUUUUCAUUUACUACCAAUUCAAAAGAAAAGCCCAGUACUAAAGCUGCUCCAGUGGAGCCUACCUUCCUUCAUUUCUAGGAAAUGGCAUCUGCCUCUUCUUUUUAGCUUCAUGAGCCAUUUUGUUUUGACCUUCCUUGAAGUGUCAUGUUCUCUGAUGGUGGAACUGUGUCUAAAUCUGUAUUUGUGUCUGCAGCAUCUCCACAAUAAACAGUGUGAAGUUCAGAUUAAAUUAGUGGUUGUUCAAUGGGAGUAUGUUAAAGCUAUAUUGUGUCUUCAGUGUUUCCACAAUAAAUUGAAUUAAUAUUUACAUGUG